GCUCGGAGCGAACGGGGCUGUGCCCAAGCCAUGGCCGGGCGCGGAGCGUGGCCGUGCUGCGGCCGCCCUCCGGCCAUGCUCCUCCUCACCUGGCUCUGCGCGCCCCUGCUCGGCCAGCUCGGAGCCUCACACGCGGCUGUAUCUGAACCUUCUUUUAUUGCUAAAAGUGAAGAUCGCUUGUUCAAGCAUUUAUUCGAGGACUAUCAAAGAUGGGUUCGUCCAGUGGAGCGCUUGAAUGACACAAUAAAAAUCAAGUUUGGCCUUGCAAUCUCUCAGCUAGUAGAUGUGGAUGAAAAAAAUCAAUUGAUGACAACAAAUGUAUGGUUGAAACAGGAAUGGAUAGAUGUGAAGUUGAGGUGGAAUCCUGACGACUAUGCAGGAAUCACAUCUAUCCGUGUCCCAUCAGAUUCUAUCUGGAUUCCAGAUAUUGUGCUGUAUGACAAUGCAGAUGGACGUUUUGAGGGAACAUCUACAAAAACUGUGGUAAAAUAUGAUGGCACCAUUGCUUGGACUCCACCAGCAAACUACAAAAGUUCUUGUACUAUUGAUGUAACAUUCUUCCCCUUUGACCUUCAGAAUUGCUCAAUGAAAUUUGGCUCCUGGACCUAUGAUGGCUCACAGGUUGAUCUAAUUCUUGAAGAUUAUGAUGUUGACAAAAGAGAUUUUUUUGAUAACGGAGAAUGGGAAAUAGUGACUGCAACAGGGAGCAAAGGAAACAGGACUGAUGGAUGCUGCUGGUAUCCUUUUGUUACAUAUUCAUUUAUAAUUAGACGUUUGCCACUUUUUUACACUUUGUUUCUCAUUAUUCCUUGUAUCGGGCUUUCAUUUCUAACUGUCCUUGUCUUCUAUCUUCCUUCAAAUGAAGGUGAAAAAAUUUCACUCUGCACUUCAGUACUGGUAUCUUUGACUGUUUUUCUUCUUGUUAUUGAAGAAAUUAUUCCAUCAUCUUCUAAAGUGAUCCCUCUCAUAGGAGAGUAUCUGGUGUUCACGAUGAUAUUUGUGACCCUGUCCAUUGUGAUCACCGUCUUUGCCAUCAACAUCCACCACCGCUCCUCGUCCACGCACAACGCCAUGGCGCCCUGGGUUCGCAAGAUCUUCCUGCACAAGCUGCCCAAGCUGCUGUGCAUGAGGAGCCAUGUGGAUAGGUACUUUGCUCAGAAGGAGGAAACAGCCAAUGUGAAUGGCUCAGAGUCGUCCAGGAACACCUUGGAAGCAGCUCUGGAUUCCAUCCGUUACAUUACGAGGCACGUGAUGAAGGAGAACGAGGUCCGUGAGGUUGUUGAAGACUGGAAAUACAUUGCUCAGGUGCUUGAUCGAAUGUUCUUGUGGGCUUUUCUUCUGGUUUCAAUAAUUGGAUCACUUGUGUUAUUUAUUCCUGUUAUUCAUAAAUGGGCAAGUAUAAUAGUCCCUACCCAUAUAGGCAGUACAAAUGCAUAAAAUAUUUUUGGAGCUAUCUCCUACUGAUCUGGCUCUAAGUUUUGCAGUAACUCUGUUUCCAUGCAUGUUCUUUCUAGGCAUGUUUCUGGUAGAGUGAAAAAAAAAAAAAUAAAUCCAGAACUAGAAAAUUAGGUUUAUUUAAAGCAUGGCAUUCCCAGGACACACAGAAGUCAGUCUGCUUAUUGCCAGUCUACUGAGUUACUGCCAAGCCAGGUCACAAUUAAAAGAACCUUUUCUAGCCAUGGCAUGUAUGAUUUAUUAAAAAAGCAGACAUUGACACCUACUGUGAUAUAGAAGGAUUUCAAUUUUUUAAUGAUAAUCACUGUAGUCCAAUUAUUAAAUUACUAUAUAAAUCAUUAUACUGAAUAUUAAAUAAUUGCAUUUACACAGUAGAGUUGCUUAUUUCAAUUUAGUGCACAAAGGUGAAUUUUCAUCAGUUCUCUUCAGUGUGUUGCAGAAGUCUGAAAUUUCACCAGAAUAAUUUAAAAUAAUAAAAAUAUAAGUAAACCUCCUGUAUAUAUAAUAUACAACUAAAAACAGCAAUUUGGCCAUGUUUGGCCUUUAUAAAUUUUCACUGGAAUUUGUUGCUAAAUUUUAAAGCUUGUUAAUUCUGUGAUACCAACAUGAGCAUUUAAUAAGCCUUAAAAUGCCUAAAGCAUGUGUGUAUAU